AUGGGCAAAUACAAUUUCACAGCACUUCGGGUUCGCCAAACAGCAUUGCAACAGCAUGCUGCUGGCAAGAUUCGCGCUCCCCCGAAGUGGCUUGAUGUAGUGGCCGACAUUCCACCUGCUCAGGUCCUUGUGCGAAACCAACCGCAACAGCAUCAGCUCGUCCGACAGCGCAUGAAGACGCUUCCCGGUGCCUCGAAGCCGCAGGUCGUCUUCGAGGUUCAAGAGAAACGAAUCAAGCCAAAGAAGGCAAGCCGUAUGUUCUUGCCGACAGAAAUCAAAUAUGAGGAAGAUCAGCUGCGACAGGAAUUCUUCCGUGACCACCCUUGGGAACUUGCUAGACCCCGUGUCCUUGUCGAAAGCACCGGCAAGGAUUCCGAACAUUAUGACUGGAGCCGGCUCCAGCAGCCAGGGAAGAAAUUGGACGGUGAAAGUGUCGUUCAGCGGCAGCUUUGGCUUUUAAACAAUGUUCCCGAUAUGACAAAGAGCGCUGCUUAUGAUAUUGCCCGUCGUGAAUUCUACCGACUACGACUACAAGAAGAUAUUGAACGGCGAGUCGCUGCGGAGGAGGCGGAAGCAACGGGAGCAACAUUCGGGCCCUCUCUUUUGGAGGUUGGCAUGGAGCUGGAGAACCAAGAAUACGAGCGUUGGAAGGCAUGGGCCAAGACAGAAGCGCAAAUGCUGGAACAGAGAACAGCAGCAUUUACCGGUGCUCCAGAGAUUGCCGCCCGUGAUGAUGCUGUGGAAGGGCUUGAAGAAAAGGAGUCACUGCCGGUAUAA